AUGCCUCAGUCAUUCCUCCGCAAUUCUUUCGAGCAGCUGACCUUCCACUCGGGCUGGGUUGUUCAUUUCCUCGAGCUUAUCGAGACAAAGAACUUCGAGGUAUCCGACCCGAUCAUAGGGCAAUGCGUGGCAAUUGUUGCUACGAUCUAUCUUCAACAUAGUUUUGUCGAGGAUCAAGCUUUCAAUAGAAAGGCGCAAACGGGAUAUGAGAAAUGUUUAAGAUUCCUACGCAACAUGAGUCAUCGGUGGCCACACAUCGAUCGCCAGGUCCGACAGCUGCAACAACUCCGGGACAGCGUUUCCCCUGGAGGCCUCAUGACAGACAACAUCGCCCCAGGAGGAACCAAUUCUCGUCAGAAAUGGUCUGUGAACUUGCAGCUAUUGUGGAAAAUCUUAGUAUAUGCCCAUGCAAGUAAUCUAUCAGAUCCUGCUGGCGACAUCUUUGGCCCUGAACUUGCCAAAGACAGUGUUGGGUGCUCCGAGGACCAUUCCGUUGACGCUAUUACCGACCGCGACUUUGCUUUGAUUGGAUCCGCUGGAAUCUCAGGACACAAGACAGUGGCUGCAGAGUGUGUCACCUACCCGCCCGAGCAGACUGAGGAACCCAUACAAACGCCGAGUCAGACCUCACCGAGGAUGGACUUCUCAGGGAUUCCGGGUGAUCAUAGUAUGGAGUUUAGUGGCGGUGAUACGUUAUUCCUGCAGCUUCAAGAUUACGGGAGGGCGUUUGAGGAUUGGCUAAGCAUUAACCCAACGUGA